AGAGCAUGCUCCGAAAGGUCGCUAAGAAAGAGGGAUGGAUGGAAGAGAAACGGCGAAAGUACUCGAUCAGCAGUGAUAACUCAGACACCACUGACAGCCAGACAACAUCAACUUCAAGAUGCUCCAAAAUUCCAAAUACAAAAUCUGGUUGGUCAAGACAGAAGGAGAAGAAACCCUCAGAGGUUUUUCGUACGGAUCUGAUAACAGCCAUGAAGAUUCCAGAUUCGUACCAGCUGAGCCCAGAUGAGUACUACAUCCUUGCUGAUCCCUGGAGGCAGGAGUGGGAGAAAGGUGUUCAGGUGCCUGCAAAUACAGAAACAAUCCCGGAACCAGUGGUUAGGAUCAUUCCUGCGCUAGAGCACUGUUCACCACAGAUCUCCCCAAGCAAUUUGUCCAGCUCUGACAGCUUCGAAGUCACCAGGACAUACUCCCAGCGAGUAAGCCGUUACAAUCUGGAUGAAAUAGACGCUUGCUGGCUAGAACUCUUCAACAUGGAACUUAAGGAAAUGGAACAGCCAGAAAUGGAUGAAUUCACUCUGGAGAGGGUGCUGGAGGAGCUGGAGACGCUGUGCUACGAGAAUAUGAACAUUGCCAUCGAGACAGAGGAGGGCCUGGGCAUAGAGUAUGACGAGGAUGUCGUGUGCGACGUCUGCCGCUCACCAGAAGGAGAAGACGGCAACGAGAUGGUUUUCUGUGACAAAUGCAACGUCUGCGUGCAUCAGGCUUGCUAUGGAAUCUUGAAAGUUCCUAUUGGAAGCUGGCUUUGCCGAACCUGUGCUCUGGGAGUCCAGCCAAAGUGUUUACUCUGCCCAAAGAGAGGGGGUGCUCUAAAACCCACUCAGAUCACUACCUGUUGGAUUCAUGUAUGAAAGCCAUUAAUCUGUCUGCUCUUGUGCUGUGCUCAGGUUAGCAUUGGAUGCCCUGAAAAAAUGGAACCCAUUACAAAGAUUUCACAUAUCCCAGCAAGCAGAUGGGCUUUGUCUUGCAGUCUGUGCAAGGAGUGCACUGGAACAUGCAUUCAGUGUUCCAUGCCUUCCUGCAUCACGGCCUUCCACGUAACAUGCGCCUUUGAACACAACCUGGACAUGCGGACACUUUUAACAGAGAAUGAUGAAGUGAAGUUCAAGUCGUUCUGUCUCGAGCAUAGCAGCAAUGCCACUAAGCCACCAGAUCAGGUACGGACAGAGGCAGAUCAAGGCAAACUGGACAUGGAGAAGGUAACACUGAGAAAGCAGAAGCUCCAGCAGCUAGAGGAAGACUUUUAUGACCUUGUGAAGCCCUCAGAGGUGGCGGAGAACCUUGAUAUGACUGAGUGGCUGGUUGAUUUUGUCUAUCAGUACUGGAAAAUGAAGAGGAAAGCCAAUUACAACCAGCCCUUGAUGAUGCCCAAAACAGACGAGGUGGACAAUUUGGCUCAACAAGAGCAAGAUGUGCUGUACCGACGCUUGAAGCUUUUCACACACCUCCGGCAGGACCUUGAAAGGGUUAGAAAUCUCUGUUACAUGGUGACAAGGCGAGAGAAAAUGAAGCACUCCAUUUGCAAACUCCAGGAACAGAUCUUCCAUCUACAGAUGAAACUUAUUGAGAAAGAUCUUUACCCAGAGCAAACUGGGAAGAGAACAAAGGGAAGGAGAAGUGACCCAAAAAGAAAGGGAAGAGAUGAUAGGAAAAGCAGUCCAGAGAAGAAAGAAAAAAGGAAAUCAGGGAAUGAGUUGGUGCUGCAACAACUGGGUUUGCCGCCUUCCUUUCCCAUUGAUGGGACCUUCUUCAACAGCUGGCUGGCUCAGUCUGUACAGAUUACCACGGAGAACAUGGCAAUGAGUGAGUGGUCUUUGAACAAUGGCCAUCAUGAAAAUGCCACACCUGGUCUCUCUGAGGAACUUCUACAAGAUGAAGAAACCUUGUUAAGUUUUAUGAUGGAUCAUUCCUUGAAGUCUCCAUUGAAGCAGAGUGACACAGCAAAGAAAGCUAAAAGUAAACUGCGCACACACACUAAGAAAAAAUCUGCAAGAAAUGGCUUGAAUACUAUCUUCAAAAGUCACCAACAGGACAAUUCAAAUCAGUGGACUAAUAAUGUGAAUUAUUUGCCAGACGACACCACAAAAUCUUUAUUCCACGAUUUAAGGAACAGCAAGGCAGAGAAAGGUAUGGACAGACUUCAGCCAGAGCGCAAGGGGAUGUGUGAAGCAAAAAAGACAUCUAAGAAGGGUUCUCAUCCUGCACCUCCUCUUCCAAAAGCAAAUGAUUCUCAAGCUUCCCAAGGUCUGAUAAGUAACCUAAGCAAUGAUGAGGAGCCAGUGAAAUAUCUCCCAUCUGAUCCCAGCUCUCUGGUUAAAGUGCCUGACUCAGUAGGUAGUCCGAAAACAGUAGUGAGGUUCAAAUUACCAAAAGAGGGCAGAGGGACUCGAAGAUCACAGAAUGAGAAGACUGACAUGGUUAAUGGACUUCCUCCAGGAACUGAAAGAUCAAAGGUGAUCUUACACCCUUUUGACAAUGAGACUGAUGGCUACUUCUCAGAUGCAGAAAUGAGUGACUCCGACACAGAAUCCAGUAGUGGCAGAGGGCCCUGUAGCCACUUAGAUUCAGGAAACGAGGAUAAUUUCAGAAUGGGUAUUUUGGCAUCGUAAUACACCAGACAGACCAAUUGCGACAGCCCAUUGAGGCCUAAAUCCAGUUAUAACUGCCAUGUCCCCAUUUCUUCCUGGUAUCAUAACAGAGAGUUGUUUCAGUUUAUUUUGUUUUAAUUUGUAUAUGUAGUUUUGAAAUGAGCACUGUUGUUUUUCCUCUCCUCUAUAUGCCUGAGAAACAGCUGAAGCUUCACUGACUUUAGAGUAUAUGCUGUAACAGUAGCUAGCCUUUCUUAGUCAAGAUCUGCAUAUCCCAGUUAAAUGAAACGCAAGCAUGUGCAUUAUUAGGAACUUGUGCUUGCUGGUAGUGAACAGGACAUCCUAGAAUUUUAAUGAGAAAGUCUGAGAUUGCCAGUAUCUGUUGUUCAUGCAGGGAUGACAGUUUUAUGGGCAUUAUUUAAACCAAGCAAGUAGAUUUCAUGGUCUGCCUGGUGUUAUUGCCUCUGUUUGGCAGGUUGUAGAAUGGGAGGACUACUACGGUAGCCAACUAUAUACACAGAAUUUAAUAGAAAGUAAAUAUAUAUGUUUGUGUGUGUGUGUGUGUGUCUGUGUGUAUGCGCACGUGUGCAGAAUUUGUCAGCGUGCAUGUCUGUGCGCAUACAACUAUGAAGUAAAAUAAGCGAUUAUUUUUUAAAGAAGCACAACAAGCUUAUUUGAAGAAAGCACUUAAUGGGUGGAGGAAUACAACAUUGUAUUUAUGGUCUAUUAAAUCCUUGAUUUUUCUUUCUCACCUCUCCAGUUUGAUCAGAGUCCGUCCAAGGGGCCAAGAACCAAGACUUAGCCCAGUCGCUCCAGCAGUCCGCUGGGCAGCACUAUAAAACACUCAUCCAAGCCUCUCAGUAGAUAGAGAAGAAAUACAUAUCCGUGUUAAAGCUGCUCUGCUCUUUUAUCAGUGUCCUUCCUGAGUAACUUUUGGUAUUAUUUAUUGGUAUAACCUAACCUUCGGUUGUCUGAGGAGAUUUCCAUAAUUUACUCAGGUUGACGGCAGUAGCCUUUUACCAAAACACUUGGGCCAAAAUGGAGAUCAGAAGGGGAAGACAUGAUUUCAUGAAUCAGAGAAAAGAAACUUAUUCAUAGAUGUGUUUUCUCUGUUUGUUCUAAAUCAGAUGGCUUUUAUUCCCAGCCUUGCAAAAGAGCUCAAGUCUAUGCUUUUCAGCAACAUAGCCAAAUUGACACUUGCCUGUGCAGGGAGCUGAACGUGUAAACUUCCUCUUCACAGAAGUGGAUGUUUGGCUGCAGAGUUUGAAUACAACAUAAUUUGGAGGCAACUGAACUGCCUUCUCUUGCCAUUUUCUUUCUUUUUGUCUAAACACUGUAAUGAAAUGGAUGGGCUUUCUCCCCUUCCCAUCCUUCCUUUUCAAAACAAUACUCCUAGUAGCAAAGCCAUCAAAGGAGGGUGAUUCACAGAAGUUAACAUUCUAAAUAUUACUAUAUCAUUGUGCAUACAUUGUUUCUAUGAAGCCUUAAGUGUCGUUCAAAAGCCCAUGUUACCUAUGAGUCAUGAACAUUUCCAUGUUUGCACUCAAUUACACCAUCGUUUCAGUUUUGGCUUCAAAGGUCACAGUUAAAGAUUUGCUACAUGCUUUAUGGGAGUGACCCCAGUGUGAGCUCAGGGAACAAAAACAAAAAGAAAAGUGAAGUUCACAAAAACUUUCUUUGUUGGUGGUGUGUAACUUCGAAAAAAAAUAAUACUGGGACACUUCUGCUUGUUGACCCAUCAUUUUCAAACUGGGGGAAGACGAAGACCUUGCAGUUGUUCAGAUGAAUCCGUGAAAUUACUUUAUGGAUGCCAAAGAAUAUUUUGACAUUAAAAUAGCACAGCCAGAAACCGGAAACUUGUCAUUUGGAGAAGAAAAAUGAAUGGAAGCUGUUACGCUACAAAAGGACUAGAAAACACGUUCAUGACACAGCUGAGGCGUUAGGUUGCAAGCUUGCUGAAGAUGAUGCUUUUCUCAUUUGGACCAUAUCCCAGCAUUUUGAUUUCUGAUACUCUUUGCUCAUUCCAGUCUGAGCAAUGUCGAGUUUUUGUUCUCUGAUGCCAGAAAUUGGCUGUCCUUGGUUUUUAGGGUUUUUUUUUCCUUUUGAGUCAGUCAUUUUACAAGCCUUCCAAAGCCCUUACCAUCACUCCAAUUAAGCAACAACUUGGAGAAUCUUUAUUCUGAAAAGAAACCAAAAUCAGG